UUGAACAAUUCAUAAGAGUAUUUGUCAAAUGUACCUUCUAAAUUGCUUUUUCAUCUGAUGCACGCUUCCAUUUCCACUUAUCGCUACUGUUAUUUUACGCCAGCUCUGUUUGAUUUCUCCGCCUUCCCUUUUUGUUUCUACUAUGCAUUUCUUUUUUAUUGUCGUGUUAAAUUGAUAUCCUUCCUUCUUCGUCGUAGUUUUCCAUGAAUAUUUUCUGUAGUUUACUUUUCUAACCGAGCAGAUAUAACUCUGAUAACUUGAUCUAAAGUCUUUUAGAAUGUUUUUCAUGGUUUAUUCCAAUAUAUUAAAAUUUCUGCCCACGGUAACAUUCCCCUCUUAUUAAUAUAUGAUUUUUUUCUUCUCUCUUUUUAGUAAAUAGUUUUCAUUUCGAACUUAUUCGUUUUUUUACUCUUUUACUCUUUACUUACGUUUUUGGUAAAUUAUUAUCUUAUUUGAUUUAUUUGGUUUGUCUCGUCAAAGACUAUAGGCAGAUUCUAUGAGCAAACCAUAGUGCCAGCAGAGCAUCUAUUCUGUGAAUAUCAUGUUCAUUUCAGCAAAAGGUUUGGGUACAUCGAUGAAUUAAUGCUAACAUCUUGGAAAGUGAGACUUAAAAUUCCAUAAGAAAAGCAUUCUUUGGGAGGAGUCUACAUAUUUUUCUGGCAGAGCAAUGAGAUGCAGUCAUACACAAAUUGUAUUUUUAGGUAUAGAGGCAGAGCAGUUGAAGAGUAAAAUGACUUCAAACAAUCUUCAAUGUUCAUCUUAUCUGAUUUAUUUUCUUUUUUAAUAAAAAAUCUGCCAACUCUUACUGAGUCUAUCAAAACUAUCGUCUUUAUUUUUAACUUCGCUUUUCUCUGUUUUCCAAUACGUUGACCAUUUUAGGUCCGCCAAGGAAAAAUGUUCAGUCAAGCAAUAUCGCACUAAAAUAUUUGCAGGUCACCUCGUGCAUUAUGCUUAUUAUCAACUGCGAUAAGAUUAUAACACAUGAGUUAGUUCUACUGAUUAGAAUUCUGUUAGAUUUUUGAAAUUAUAGUUUCAAGGAUUUAUUCUUCAAUAUUUACUCAUACUUUCAACAUACAGGUUUAUACAGAAAAAUAUAACGGACUAAUCAAAAACUUAUUUUCAAUUGAAAUAUAAUAUAUGAAGAAUAGUUUAAUCAUAUAUCAAUCGAUUUAGGAUAAUGGAUACGUUAACAGUGGAAACAAAAAAAGGAAAGCCAAAUUCGUGGACCCGAUUUCAACAAUAUUUUAAUGAUUACUGCGAACAUUCUAGUAUUAUUGGAUUUAAUUAUUUGGCUGAGAAACGAUCGAAAGGAGAAAGAAUAUUAUGGAUCAUAUUAAUCAUCAUAGCGACAUCAUUAUCGAUCUAUUUCAUAAAGGAACAAUAUGAUAAAUAUGACGAAAAUCCAUUUAUCGUCAGUUUAGCAACAAGAGAGACGCCGAUUUUUGAAAUACCAUUUCCAGCUGUUACAAUAUGUCCUUUUACCAAAGUAGGUAGAGCUCUAUUUAAUUACACGGAAGUUAUUCAUCGACUUUGGGAUAAUGUCUCUAUUUCUGAUUAUGAGACCCAAACUGUGCAAUAUAUGACUAUGGUGUGUGAUGAAGAAAACAUGGAUGAUGUUGAAGAUUAUAUUCCGGAUAUUUUACAUUUCAAUGAAACAUUUUACGAGAGGCUUCAAGAGUUAGAUCCUACAGAGACUUUGAUGGAAUCUUCUACUUGCAAAUUUAUGGGAGAGGAGUUUGAAUGCUUGGACAAUUUUUCGCCAAUAAUAUUGGAUGGAGGGAUAUGCUAUACUUUCAAUAUGUUGAACAGAGACGAAAUUUUCAAACCUCAUGUAUUUCAAUAUGAGAAUUUCCAUACCAGUAAAUUUACCACCGACUGGACUAAUGAUUAUGGGUAUCCUAAAGGGUCUGGUCAAAAAACAUAUCCAAAAAGAGCUUUACAAGCAGGCGCCGACAAUUCCUUUGAACUUACAUUAUUAGCAUUUAUUGAUGAUAUAGACUAUCUUUGUUCAACUGAUAUUGGAUAUAGUAUUACAGUCCACACACCAAAUGAUGUCCCUAUUACUAAAAAGGACUACUUUAUAUUACCUUUGGGAAGCACAACGAGAGUCAUAGUUACACCGAACAUAAUGUCAACAUCAGCUACAGUUAAAGCAUAUAAGACAGAAGCUAGAAAGUGUUACUUCUCCGAUGAAAGAUAUUUGCAGUAUUUCACAUCUUAUACCCAAGGAAAUUGUUUUCUGGAAUGUUUAACGAAUUAUACGUUACAGAAGUGCGGAUGCGUUAAUUUUUAUAUGCCUCAUACUAAAGAUACACCAAUCUGUGGUAAUUAUCAGAGAAAUUGUUCACAAGAUGCGGAGAGAGAGCUCCAAACAUUGGAAUUGGAUAUUGAAAUGGGUUUGAGAGAAAACUCACAAAGUUGUAGUUGUUAUCCUCUCUGCAGUCAACUUAUUUAUCAAACAACUACUACCAGAACUCAAUGGGGAUGGAGAGAAUUUAUGAAAGCAAAUAAAAAGUUUAAAAGGGAUUUAAAUAUGUCAGAUGAUGUUCUUUACCAAUUCGAAUUUUCAAGAUUGAAAAUUUACUUCAAAGACGAUAAAUUCUUCUCGUAUGAAAAAAGCGAAAUGUAUGGUUUAUUUGAUUUUAUAUCUAAUUUCGGAGGACUAUUAGGUCUAUUUACAGGAUUCUCUCUCCUAACUGUAGCUGAAAUCAUUUAUUUUAUGUCUGUUCGUAUGUGGUGCAACAAAAAACUUUACAAUGACAUAUCUGGUCCUCCUGAAAGAAGCUGAAUAUGAGAAAAAAAUAAUUAUGGAAGCCAGUAGAAAAUUUCAAACUCUCGACAUAAGAUGCAAUUUGAUAAUCUUCAGAUUAACAUUUAUAGCCUCAAUAAUGUAAUAAAAUUAAUGUUAAUAUAUUUUUCAACAUCGAA